GUGGCGCCGGUGCCUCUCUAGCUGUUGCGGUGACUGGGGGCUUUCUGGUGACCCCGGCCCCGCGCAGGCCGCCCGCGGAGCCGUCGGCGGUGGCCCCCGAGACCCGCUGUCCCUGUUACUGGCUGUCAGUCGGCAGGUCUGGCCGCGGCCGCGCGGGGAGAGCCUCUCCUCAGGGCCAUGUCCAGGCCGAGCAGCGUCUCCCCGCGGCCGCCAGCUCCUGCCGGUGGCGGCGGUGGCGGAGGGGGCGGCCCGGCGCCGUGUGGCCCUGGGGGCGGCGUCCGGGCCAAGGGGCUGAAGGACAUUCGGAUUGAUGAGGAGGUGAAGAUCGCAGUCAAUAUCGCCCUGGAGCGCUUCCGAUACGGGGACCAGAGAGAAAUGGAAUUUCCUUCUUCUUUGACCAGUACUGAAAGAGCCUUUAUUCAUCGAUUGAGUCAGUCUCUUGGUUUGGUCUCUAAAAGUAAAGGAAAGGGAGCAAAUAGAUACCUAACUGUGAAGAAGAAAGAUGGAUCAGAAACAGCUCAUGCAAUGAUGACCUGUAAUUUGACUCAUAAUACAAAACAUGCUGUUAGGAGCCUAAUUCAAAGAUUUCCUGUCACCAAUAAAGAGCGUACUGAACUUCUGCCUAAGACAGAAAGAGGAAAUGUGUUUGCAGUUGAAGCUGAAAACCGGGAAAUGAGCAAGACAAGUGGGCGACUCAACAAUGGCAUACCUCAGAUUCCAGUGAAAAGAGGAGAAUCUGAAUUUGAUUCUUUUAGGCAGUCUUUACCAGUGUUUGAAAAACAAGAAGAAAUUGUUAAAAUAAUAAAGGAAAAUAAAGUAGUUUUGAUUGUAGGAGAAACUGGAUCUGGAAAGACCACACAGAUUCCUCAGUUCCUUUUAGAUGAUUGCUUUAAAAAUGGUAUCCCUUGCCGUAUAUUUUGUACUCAACCAAGACGAUUAGCAGCUAUUGCUGUGGCUGAAAGAGUUGCUGCAGAGAGAAGGGAAAGGAUUGGUCAAACAAUUGGUUAUCAGAUCCGAUUAGAAAGCAGGGUUUCUCCAAAGACACUUCUGACAUUUUGCACUAAUGGGGUAUUGCUUCGUACAUUGAUGGCAGGUGAUAGUACAUUGUCAACUGUGACACAUGUUAUUGUGGAUGAAGUGCACGAAAGGGAUCGAUUUAGUGAUUUUUUACUUACAAAGUUAAGAGAUUUGUUGCAAAAGCACCCAACUUUGAAACUAAUUCUUUCUAGUGCUGCUUUGGAUGUAAAUCUCUUUAUAAGAUAUUUUGGAAGUUGUCCAGUGAUAUAUAUACAGGGAAGACCAUUUGAAGUAAAAGAAAUGUUUCUGGAAGAUAUUUUAAGAACUACUGGAUAUACAAACAAAGAAAUGUUAAAGUACAAAAAGGAAAAACAGAGAGAGGAGAAACAACAAACCACACUUACAGAAUGGUACUCAGCUCAAGAGAAUACUUUCAAGCCAGAAUCUCAGAGGCAGAGAACUGUUCCAGAGGUGACUGAAGAGUAUGAUUUAUUGGAUGAUGGUGGUGAUGCUGUCUUCAGUCAGUUGACAGAAAAAGAUGUGAAUUGCCUUGAACCGUGGUUAAUAAAGGAAAUGGAUGCUUGUCUUUCUGACAUAUGGUUGCAUAAAGAUGUUGAUGCCUUUGCUCAGGUCUUUCACCUUAUUUUAACUGAAAAUGUUAGUGUUGAUUACAGACAUAGUGAAACCAGUGCAACAGCUCUGAUGGUUGCUGCAGGACGAGGUUUUGCAAGUCAAGUAGAACAGUUAAUUAGCAUGGGAGCCAAUGUCCAUAGUAAAGCAUCAAAUGGCUGGAUGGCAUUAGAUUGGGCUAAACACUUUGGGCAGACUGAAAUUGUGGAUCUUCUAGAAUCUUACAGUGCUUCACUGGAAUUUGGAAAUCUUGAUGAAAGUUCUCUGGUUCAAACAAAUGGGAGUGACCUCAGUGCUGAAGAUAGAGAGCUCCUGAAAGCUUAUCAUCAUAGUUUUGAUGAUGAAAAAGUAGACUUGGAUUUAAUCAUGCAUCUUCUAUACAAUAUCUGCCAUAGUUGUGAUGCUGGUGCAGUAUUAAUUUUCCUACCUGGAUAUGAUGAAAUUGUUGGACUGAGGGAUCGAAUCCUGUUUGAUGACAAGCGGUUUGCUGACAAUACACAUAGAUAUCAGGUCUUUAUGCUUCAUUCAAAUAUGCAAACAUCUGAUCAAAAGAAGGUAUUAAAAAACCCACCUGCAGGUGUUCGAAAAAUAAUCCUUUCCACCAAUAUUGCUGAAACCAGCAUCACAGUCAAUGAUGUUGUCUUUGUUAUUGAUUCUGGUAAGGUGAAAGAGAAAUCCUUUGAUGCACUGAAUUUUGUUACAAUGUUAAAAAUGGUGUGGAUUUCCAAAGCUAGUGCCAUACAGCGAAAAGGCAGGGCAGGGCGAUGUAGACCUGGAAUUUGUUUCCGUCUGUUCAGUAGACUCCGAUUUCAGAAUAUGUUGGAAUUUCAGACUCCAGAACUUUUGAGAAUGCCAUUACAGGAACUUUGUUUACAUACCAAGCUGCUAGCCCCAGUUAAUUGUCCCAUCGCUGAUUUCCUUAUGAAAGCACCUGAACCUCCACCAGCUUUAAUUGUAAGAAAUGCUGUACAAAUGCUUAAGACAAUAGAUGCAAUGGAUGCAUGGGAAGAUCUGACUGAACUUGGGUAUCAUUUGGCUGACUUGCCAGUAGAACCACAUCUUGGUAAAAUGGUCCUGUGUGCUGUUGUUUUAAAGUGUCUGGACCCCAUCCUUACAAUUGCCUGCACGCUAGCUUAUCGAGAUCCUUUUGUACUACCUACUCAAGCCUCUCAAAAACGUGCAGCUAUGCUUUGUAGGAAACGUUUCACUGCAGGAACUUUCAGUGACCAUAUGGCACUUCUGAGAGCCUUCCAGGCAUGGCAGAAAGCACGAAGUGAUGGGUGGGAGCGAGCCUUUUGUGAAAAGAAUUUUCUUUCACAAGCUACCAUGGAAAUAAUCAUAGGCAUGAGAACACAGUUGCUUGGUCAACUUAGAGCAUCAGGUUUUGUUAGAGCACGAGGUGGUGGUGACAUUCGAGAUGUUAACACAAACUCUGAGAACUGGGCUGUUGUUAAAGCUGCAUUGGUGGCAGGCAUGUAUCCUAACUUAGUCCACGUGGACAGAGAGAAUGUAGUAUUGACAGGGCCAAAGGAGAAAAAAGUACGAUUUCAUCCCACUUCAGUUCUCAGUCAGCCUCAAUAUAAAAAGAUUCCUCCAGCCAAUGGUCAAGCUGCAGCAAUUCAGGCACUGCCCACAGAUUGGCUCAUUUAUGAUGAAAUGAGCAGAGCUCAUAGAAUAGCUAAUAUCAGAUGUUGUUCAGCAGUGACCCCUGUCACUGUGUUGGUAUUCUGUGGACCAGCUAGGUUGGCAAGUAAUGCUCUUCAGGAACCUUCAUCCUUUAGAGUGGAUGGCAUUCCCAAUGACAGUAGUGAUAGUGAAAUGGAGGACAGAACUACUGCUAAUUUGGCAGCCUUGAAGCUUGAUGAGUGGCUCAAUUUCAAACUAGAGCCAGAGGCAGCCAGUUUAUUGCUGCAACUUAGGCAGAAGUGGCAUAGCUUAUUUUUACGCCGAAUGAGAGCACCAUCUAAACCUUGGUCUCAAGUUGAUGAAGCUACCAUAAGAGCAAUUAUAGCUGUUUUAAGCACUGAGGAACAGUCCGCAGGUUUACAGCAACCAUCUGGGAUUGGCCAAAGGCCAAGGCCUAUGUCUUCAGAAGAACUUCCUUUGGCGUCAUCUUGGAGGUCAAAUAAUAGUAGGAAAAGUUCAGCAGAUACUGAAUUUGCUGAUGAGUCUACUACUACAGAAAGAGUAUUGAUGAAAUCUCCAUCUCCAGCAUUACACCCACCUCAAAAGUACAAAGAUAGAGGAAUUUUACAUCCUAAACGAAGCACUGAUGACCGAUCAGAUCAAUCUUCUGUGAAAUCUACAGACAGCAGUAGUUACCCAAGUCCUUGUGCUAGUCCUUCUCCUCCAUCCUCAGGAAAGGGCUCAAAAUCUCCUUCACCAAGACCAAACAUGCCUAUUCGAUACUUCAUAAUGAAGAGUAGCAAUUUGAGAAACCUUGAAAUUUCUCAGCAGAAGGGCAUCUGGUCUACAACCCCUAGUAAUGAGCGGAAGCUAAAUCGAGCCUUUUGGGAAAGCAGUAUGGUUUACUUGGUAUUUUCUGUUCAAGGAUCUGGACAUUUCCAGGGAUUUUCUAGGAUGUCUUCUGAGAUAGGAAGGGAAAAGAGCCAGGACUGGGGCUCAGCUGGACUAGGAGGAGUAUUUAAGGUGGAGUGGAUACGAAAAGAAAGUCUUCCCUUUCAAUUUGCACACCAUUUACUCAAUCCAUGGAAUGACAACAAGAAAGUCCAGAUAAGCAGAGAUGGACAGGAACUAGAACCUCAGGUUGGUGAACAGUUGCUCCAGUUAUGGGAACGCCUUCCGCUGGGAGAAAAAGCCACAACUGAUUGACACUCAGAACUCUUAGAGGCAAAAAAAACAUCAUGCCUGUUUAUAACCACUGAAUGCACUGACUUCCAAAAACAGAGAUGGGUUGUGUGUUAUGAUUGGGCCUUUCUGGUUUAGAGUGUUGCUUCAGAGCCACCAUCUUCAUAUACAAGAAAAAGGGAUCAUUUAAAUUUGCAUAGUGAUCAUAGGGAAUGAUUAUGUAAUGUUUGUAAUGAAUGAAAUAGUAGUAGUUUCAUUAUUUG